UGAGUCCAAGCUGAGUGGAGGGCAGCACAGCCAAUCGGCUUGCUGCACAGCCAAUCGACUUGCUGCACAUUGGCUUUGUCAUCGGGUGCUGAUAUUGAGGAAGGAUUCUCUAUGCUGCUCCGUUCGGUGUGUUUGGAAGGGCUGAUGAAAUGCCAGGAUUGGGCUGCCUCUAGGGAGAGCCUCUCUGCUUUAUAAUGUGAGCCAGUAGCAUCCAGGCUCGGGCUAACGCACCACCAUCGACCAAGCAGGCCUAGGGGAAACCAAGCAGGCCUAGGUGAAACCAAGCAGGCCUAGAGGAAACCAAGCAGGCCCAGGGGAAACCAAGAAGGCCUAGGGGAAACCAAGCAAGCCUAGGGGAAACCAAGCAGGCCUAGGGGAAACCAAGCAGGCCUAGGGGAAGCCAAGCAGGCCUAGGGGAAACCAAGCAGGCCUAGGGGAAACCAAGCAGGCUGGCUCUGCUACUGCUACUACCUCUGCUCCUCUUCCAGCCGAAAAAGGAGGGAUUUAUUUUUUACCGUCAUCCCCCCAUCCAUCCCUUGUUCUGUGGUGGCUCCCUCCUCCUCCUGCUCCCCCUCCUCCACCACAGCCUCCUCCGCUCUCUCGUUUUUUUCCCCCUCUUCCUUCUAUUCUUCUAGAGGUGCUUUUGGAAAUAGCAGACCUCCAUGUAUGACAAUUUGUACCUGCAUGGAUUUGAAGACUCGGAGGCGGGCUCAGCUGAUUCCUACACAAGCAGACCAUCGGACUCGGAUGUCUCUCUGGAGGAGGAGCGGGAGGUGCCGGGGCAGGUCCAGGGCCAGAGCCCGAGCCAAGCGGGCCCGGGGACCCAGGCCCCGGCCCAGACCCGAGAGCAGAAGGAGCAGCAGGCCACCGUGCAGCUGGAGAGAGCCAAGGCUAAAGCCGUGGCUUUUGCUGUGAAGACCAACGUCAGCUACUGUGGAGCAUUGGACGAGGACGUGCCGGUGCCAGCAACCGCCAUCUCAUUCGAUGCUAAGGAUUUCCUUCACAUAAAGGAGAAGUUCAACAACGACUGGUGGAUCGGCCGGCUGGUCAAGGAGGGCUGUGAGAUCGGCUUCAUCCCCAGUCCUCUAAAGCUAGAGAACAUCCGCAUCCAGCAGGAACAGAAGAGAGGGCGAGUCCAAGGUAAGUCUGGAGGCAAUUCGUCCUCAAGUGUAGAGGAUGAGGUGUCCGCCUCGAUCAGACCCCUCAUCUCCUCUGCAGGAAAGCAGAAACAGAAAGUGACUGAACACGUCCCCCCCUACGACGUGGUGCCAUCCAUGAGGCCUGUGGUGCUGGUGGGGCCUUCCCUCAAGGGCUAUGAGGUGACGGAUAUGAUGCAGAAAGCACUCUUUGACUUCCUCAAGCAUAGAUUUGACGGCAGGAUAUCUAUCACACGAGUCACAGCAGAUAUAUCAUUAGCCAAGAGGUCUGUCCUGAAUAACCCCAGCAAGCGGGCCAUCAUCGAGAGAUCAAACACCAGGUCCAGUUUAGCGGAGGUGCAGAGUGAGAUAGAGAGAAUCUUUGAGCUGGCCAGGUCCCUACAGCUGGUGAUCCUGGAUGCAGACACCAUCAAUCACCCAGCCCAGCUGCUCAAGACCUCGUUGGCUCCCAUCAUCGUCCAUGUCAAGGUCUCCUCGCCCAAGGUUCUGCAGAGGCUGGUCAAGUCCAGAGGGAAGUCCCAGAGCAAGCAUCUGAAUGUACAGCUGGUGGCAGCUGACAAACUGGCCCAGUGUCCUCCAGAGAUGUUUGACAUCAUCCUGGAUGAGAACCAGUUGGAGGAUGCGUGUGAACACUUGGCUGAGUAUCUGGAGGCCUACUGGAAGGCCACACACACCUCCAUGGCCACGCCGCUCAACCCCCUGCUGGGACGCAACCUGGGCCCCACCGCCCUCACUCCUUACCCCACCACCAUCUCUGGACUGCAGCAGACUCAAAGAAUGAGACAACACAGCAACCACACAGGAGACCACUCCACGCCCAACGAGCGUCGCAACCUGAUGACCGCCGACGAGAACUACCACAACGAGCGGGCGCACAAGGGACGCAACCGCAUGUCGUCAGGCUCGCAGCACAGCCGAGACCAAGACCCGUACCACCAGGACUACCAGGACCCCUACCAAGACUCCUACAAGCCCCACCGCAACCGCUCCUCCCCGGGCAGCUACAGCCACGACUCCCGGCACAGGCUUUGAGCCCGAAUGACAUCCCAGCUUCACAACCCUUAUAGGCCUCAAGUCAACUCUCUGGUGGCAACAGAGUCAAAAUGGUUCCCGUUCAAAAUAUUGUGUCAAAUUCUGUUGUUUUCGAUUAUUUGUUUUACUUCAGGCGUUAGAUGAGGAGAGGUCCCGCCCGCUUGAACAAAAUCUCCAAUCACCUCUCAUUCCCAUUCUGUCUCUCAGUCUUUCCUGGGCACUGGCAGGGACCCCUGUUAAGCAAUGUGGUCAGGAUGAGGAAGAAGGACAUGAUGCUAAUGCUACAUAACUGAGUUAAUACAACUCAUAUGACUGAGUUGCUUUUCCUCACAAGGGAACUUUCCUAGUUCCUGUGUUCCCCACACAGAGAGAUGGGUUGAAGAGGAAAGCAGUAUGAGAUUGAGAUUUGGACUUUGCUAACCUAACAACAAGCUAAGCUAUUUUAGCUAGCAUGGUUAGAUUGUGGGUACAUGUGUACCCACAAUCCCCCCCCCCCCCCAAUGAGUCACCAUAGCAAGUGGUGGAGUCACUGCUGAAAGCUGGUAGUCUUACAAAGAGUUGCCAGACCGUUCAGUUGUUUGCAUGCUGACUGAGAGAGUUUCGCUAGUAUCGUCAAUAUAUUCACUUACAGUACAUGUCUGUUGUCAUGGUGAGUUGUAUACUUAGACCUGCCCCACCAUGACUGGCAGUGGUCUUUUACCAGACCUCAUCUGAUUCCUGAGAGGAGCAUGUGGAGUAUUUGGUUGUUUUGUUAACAAGUGCUUUCACAUGUCAGAUACUGUAUGUGCCAUUUGAACACCUGUCUAGCUUGGCCUUUCUUUGGCAACAGUCGAUACUUUGCAUAUCUCAGUAUUUUUCGCUACUCUGAUUCGGUUGUGUCAGAGAAUCAUAGAGGUAUUAUAACAAGAAGCAGGGGUGUCAAACAAUCAGAGUUCGCCUCAUCUCUGGCCAGCCUCGUGAUUGAUUGACCGUCCUUGCUACUUCCUGUGUUUCUCUCUGGCCAGCCUCGUGAUUGGUUGACCGUCCAUGCUGCUCCACUAAUGUUGGAUUGUGUCUUCCCAGGGUCCUUUGCAUCAUGAUCAUUGAUUCUCUGUGUAGCUGGCAUGUUUUCCCUGACUUGAAAAAUUAAUUCUCCUUUUGGUAUUAAUAUCCCCGUGUAAAAUAGAGGAGGGUGUUUAAGGAGGGAGAGCACACAUUGGUGCAAAAUAGGUGGUCUAAUUACUUGAGAGUGCGUCAUCUGAACUUUUUGGGGUAUUUAAAUACAUGGAAAUGGAAGAAAUUAAUUCGGUCAGUUUAUUUCUAGCAACAAUUUUUUCUUCAGUAAUUGUGGGUUUUUGGUGUUUUUGAUGAGAUGAGAAGCAUGCAGUUGUACCCAAGGUGUUUUGGUGACUAGUUGCAUUGGCUCACCGAUCCAAUGCCUAGGCUUUAGUUUAGUGGGCUAAUACACUCCGCUGGCGUGCAGGAGGCCCGGGUUCGAACCCGGUCGUUCACAGAGACACAACCACCCUCCAGGACCAGGGUUUUCCCUGCGGUGGAUAGGUCAUCUAAACUGGAGCUUUGACCAAGAUGGAGAUGGUGAUCCCUCCCUGUGCAUCCUGGGAGGGGAGAGUGAGUUCUUAGGGCAGCGUAUUCUGAGGCAUUGUUAGAGAGAUGUGCAGAGUUAACUUGUUAUAGCUGUCUUUUAGUGUAAUGCCCUCCAAUAGAGUGGAUGUACUGUAGUGACAUUUGUAGCACCCGCAGCAGGUGGUGCCUUAACAUUCUAAAACAAGAAAGAACCUCUGAAACGAUAGGCUCUUAAUUAUGAUUUAGCUCCAGCUGUCUGGUUAGGGCACUGACUGACUGUUUUCAGAGAGCCCAUUGAUUUCCUUGCUCAUAUCUAUGUCUCUUAUGCCAGUUUGUUCACUGACUGAAAACAAUAGACUGCAAAACGAAGAAAAGAAAAGAAUACAAGUACAUCUGCUGUUGUUUAUGAGCAUGCUUCUCUGUCAUAUUGUGAUUCAGGCCAAAGUGAGUGUUGGCUGAUUGAAUGGGGAGUUACUCACUGUUCAUUAAAAACCAGAACCAAGAACCAGAACUAAGAUUCAGCUCUGUUGAGACAAUCAGAGGGAUUUUCUAUCCUAUUGCCCUCUGUCCCACCAGAGUCCCAGACCAGUCUGUGAGGAUUUGGUAACUGAAGGUUGGAUUACUGCUACUGGGUGUAGUAUGUCUUAACCCUUUUGAAACAAUGGGGGAUCUCCUUUUCUAUUAACAAUGAAUUAACUGAAUUCCAAUAGAUUUUCUGAAUUGACUGGAAAUGAAAAUUUACCGCAAUUCUUUUUCCUGUGAAUGCCCUGGGAAGAAAACUUUUGUUCUUUGAAUGGUGUAGAUAUCAUUUCUAAAGGUCUCUGUUACUGAUCUGAAAAAAAGCACGUGUGCUAUACUCUUCUUUUGUCUUCUUGUAAGAAAUUAAGAGGCUGCAUUUUUGCCUCUAAAUUAAGUUGAAUUACAAUUCUCAUUAUUUGAUUAAAUAACAUGAGUUUAAACUCGACCAGACCAUUAAAACAGUUAAAUGUUUUUUUCUUUGGUAAAAAUGUACAAAAAAUAAGAAAAAGUCAAAAAUGUAUCUCAAUAUAGGAAAAAGUAAAAGAUACAUCUUUGCUGGUGAUUAUUUUUAUAAUAAAUACAUACAUGUACAUAAUGUCUUUGAGAGAUGCUAUUUGCUGUAUACUUGCAUUCUCAUUAAAAACUACGAUCCUCGACGGGACAACUUGGAACAACAAACGUUUCAGUAUACAAAGGUUUCAGUAAUGUGCAAUACAAAAAGCAUGCUGUUUUAAAAUGAGGAAAUUCCAUGUACUAUGCAACCGCAACCGUGUACAUCGCUUCAUGCUGUGACUAAUUCUCCAACUGUCCUUUUCCAAGCAGCUUCAUCAGAACUCUAAGGACAUUUUGUGUUGAUACUUUUUGUGGAAGACGAACAACUCAACGGCUAAUGCGAUAUUGCAUGCAUAAUGUACCAUUUUAAUUUAUUAAAACGAAUGAAAAGAAAAUAAUGUGAAAUGCGAGAUGAUUGUGUCAAAGGCGAAGCUAGAAGUAACUUAAAAGUUUUCUUUUACAAAAUAAAAGAGUCGUUCUACAACAA